AUGCACGUGAACAAGAGGAUCGGCCGAUUCAAACAAUGGGCUGGAGAACGUAUGGGCGGAGAGGCCAAGACCUGUCUCUCUGAUGAUUUCAAGGCAAUGGAGACGGAGAUGGGGGUGCGACAUGAAGGCGUUGACCGCAUUCAUAAAUCCAUGACCUCUUAUGUCAAGGCUAUCUCGAAGCGCAAUGAAGGAGAUGACAAAGAGAAGACCCUCCCGAUUGCCCAUUUGGGAAGCAGCAUGGUGGCCCACGGGGAAGACUUCGAUGGGAACUCAGAAUACGGACAAUGCCUGAUCAUGUUUGGGCGCACCGAAGAGCGCAUUGCGCGUAUCCAAGAGAGCUACAUCGCGCAGGCGACUUCAAGCUGGCUUGAGUCCCUCGAGAGAUCCCUGACCCAGAUGAAAGACUUGCAGCAUGCUCGCAAGAAGCUGGAUAGCCGCCGGUUGGCAUACGAUACAUCUCUCUCUAAGAUGGAGAAGGCUAAGAAGGAGGACUUCCGCGUGGAGGAAGAACUGCGCUCGCAAAAAGUCAAGUACGAGGAGGCUAGCGACGACGUGCUGCGUCGCAUGCAGGACAUCAAAGAAGCCGAACCCGACAAUGUCAUGGACAUGGGGGUGUUUUUGGACGCUCAGCUUGAAUACCAUGAGCGGUCCCGCGAAGCCCUCCUGCAGCUCAAGAAUGAAUGGGCUGGGUACGGCCAAGUGCAAGCCCCUCCCCGUCGUCCGACCCGUCCUCGUUCCAACACUGCCCACUCGUACCAGGAACGGUAUGAACCACUGCAGGAAGAGACGAUUAAUGCGACAGAGAUUCGGCCUACCAUCCGAUCAACCAGAUCUACUACGAAGCUAUACGCCGAGUCGCCUCCACGAGAGACCUAUGGGAGUACUAGUGGGGUCUCGCGUCCCAUUCUCAGCAGAGUUCCCACCUUCGAAGGCCCGGCUCAACUGCGACAAGAACAAUCGCCAGUUGCAUCACAGUGGAUUCAGCAGCGAACUGCUAGUGAGAAUCUAUCUGGGUUUGGACGUCGAAGCAGCACUCAAGUUGGGGGUCGGAUCUCCGCCGACCCUUACGCUGACUCCGAAGAGGUCAGCUCAUAUGGCCGUUCUAGCCCCGAGCGGAUGUUUGGCGGAGGCAGGUCUAUAUCCCCCGCAACAUCUCACGGCAGCGCGGUAUCCCGGAGACCCAGUGCAAACAACUUGAACACCAUUGGAUUGAAGAAGGCUCCUCCACCACCUCCACCAUCUCGUGCCAAGAAGCCCCCUCCACCUCCACCCAUCAAGCGGUCCCUUCUUGCUGCACCAAAUGCGUAA